AUGUCGGGAUGCGAUGGCAAAGAUGAAAAUGCUUGCAUCGAUGGCCUGAACACUGAUAAGGACACUUACCAAUUUCUAGCGAGUGCUCCAUAUAGUUCUACCCGACCGUCCCAAGCCUCGUUUGAGCGUCUUUUCUCGCAACGUGAAAACGAAGACGUACAAGAACAAAACGAUUUGGCAUACAACCAGAACUCUGACCAAGAGACUUACGGAUCAAGCGUUUCGGACCAGCCUCGCGGUACAUAUGGCGCUUCUCCCGGGGAGUUGUCUGACUUCGACGUGCGUGCGAGUCCAGAGGUCAAGUCACUGAACCCUUCACAAGGGACCAGUGGUGAGCCAGUGAAUGUAUAUGUUCGGUCGGAGAAUACACUUGAGAAUUUCACUCUUACACUGAGCUUCGCUUCAAAACACACAACUGCGCAUGCAACACGUUUGGAAACAACAGGCGGGCUCUUCGAAUACAUGAUCCUUGCGAGUGCUCCUCAAUACUCGGAGACCGGGUCCACGACUCCUCAAGUUCAGGUUCAACUGCAUAUGCAGGACAGCUCGGGCCAAGACGCCAGCACUGUGGAUGUUGGCCAAUUUGAAUAUAGAGCGGGCCAACACUAUUCUUCACCACAUCCUACCAGCAGAAAGCGAAAGAUGUCAGAUGAGGAAGAGAUCGGUGCGUCUAGUCGUACGCAGAGCAGCUACCCUUUCACAUCGGCCUCUCCAGUAGCAUAUCCCUCCAGUUUACACUCGGUCGAGGUGGAUACUAGCUCGAGAAGAUUCGCACCUCUGAGCCGGAGCCAAUCCUUCCAACGCCAACGUGAUCCGUACUCCGUACCAACCCAAUUGCCAUCACAAUCUCUACUUCGCCCAAUGGGAUCACAGGCCUCGGCUUGGAGCCCUAACUUCACAACAUCGAGCGGACGUAGCCCCAACUUCGGUGGCGAAACACAAUCCCUGUCUCUGUCGUCUGCAGAGUCUCAGCCAAUGCUGGUGAGGACGACUACACUCCAACAGGGGAGCCCGAGCGCCAAUCCCUCAACAGGCACAAGUACCUUCAAUCCUUACAUAUAUCCUCAAAAGGCGGUCUUGAGGAUACAAGGUGACCUCAACAGCAUGACAGAAGGUUGGUCCACAGAGGAAUGGCAGAACAAGCGCCGCCUCGUCCAAUUUCAGCGCUCGCAGCAGAAGAGCACGAUCAAUGCCACCUUCGACCCUGUGACUGCCGAGCAACGCCAGCCAAACAGCAUCUGUGUCAGUUGUAUCUGGUGGGAGGAGCGCCAAGAAUGUUUCGUCACGAGUGUAGAUACGAUCUACCUCCUGGAGCAACUUGUUGCUCUGAGAUUCACAGUCGAAGAGAAGAAUCGUAUUCGCCGCAACCUUGAAGGCUUUCAUCCUGAGACCGUAUCCAAAGGGAAGGCAGACAGUGAAGAAUUCUUCAAGAUCAUCAUGGGAUUUCCCGCUCCGAAGCCCAGAAAUAUUGAGAAAGAUGUAAAGGUCUUCCCAUGGAAGAUCCUCGGCCACGCCUUGAAGAAGAUCAUUUCCAAAUAUUCCGCCAGCUAUUCAUCCACUGCUGGAGCACUUGGCACGCCACGAACCUCCACCGUCUCCUAUCAUUAUGAUUCGCCUGGGUACUCGACCCUGUCACGUUCAGCUUCUGACGGGAAUGCCUCUGCCUAUGCCUCGAGUCUGCGGUCCAACACGAUGUCCCCGCACGGUAUACCAAGUCAAUACAAUGAUGCCGGCUCCCCACUACCAAGCUUAGCUGCUUCGGAGUACAAUAUGUCGAACGCGCCGAGCCCUUAUACGGAAAAUUACUUCCCUUCGUCAAUGCAGAGCAGCCCCUAUGGUGCGUCGGCUUAUCAUCACCGCAUGAAUUCCGCAAGUGCAUAUGAGGGAGGUCGGCCAUACAAGCGACCUCGUGCGAAUACCUCCAAUGCUGCACUCUAUUCAUCGCACGAUGCUGCCUCGCUUCUGAGUGACAUGUCGAGAAGCGUUUCCGAUCACGGAAGCAGCAACCGAUUGCCGAGCCUGUCUGAGACAUACCCAUAUAGCACACAUGAGCAGGCCACACCAGGGCUGACCCAGUCGCGAGGGUCAUAUGAUUUCGGAGGCUACCUGGAUACCAGCGCGCAAAACCUCCACCAACAAGGAGAUGUCCAGAGUGCUAUCAGUGGAUAG